ACUACAGCGACAACUGUGGCUUAUGGCCACUGUGUGGUUUCAGCCUUCAGGGACAAACACUCGGCGUAACAUCUAAAGAGCGUCGCCUUGCUGGAUAGCCCCUUCAUCGCCCCCUCCCCCUCCCCCGUUCCCGCCUUCAGCACCAGGUGCUCUCCUGGAUCGUCCGUCCGUUCAAGUUGAUCUCACCAUCGAACCAUCCACCAUCGAUCACCUUCACUUUUGCAUGACCGGUGAUACACACGACUUCGUCCUCGGCAUCGUCUACCCAUCGCGCGGCUACAUAUACACUUCAUCACUACUCAGCGGCUUUCAAACUGUGUUCCUUUCAAGGCUUUCUUUCUCGCAUCACUCAGUCCGCUCGUUCAUCAUCAUCACUCCAAGCCUGAAUCGGAUUAGCUUUCUCACAAACAUCCCAGAGUCCUCGCUCAAGAUGAAGGCCGCCCCUCACCUGACGCUCGUACUCGCCGCCUGUCUUGUGUUGAUGCUCGGCGCUGCGUCUGUCAUCGCUGCUCCUAGCAAGUCCGCCACAGAGAUUGGUCCUGACCACGGCGCCCCACCAGCCGGCCAAACUUUCGUAGGCAGCGGUCCGUCACCAGCUUGGAAGCGCGAUCCUAGCCCUGAGCCAAAGUCGGCCAAGAAGAAGACCAAGGCGCACCAUCAUCACAAGGGGGCGCAUAAGUCAAAGGGCAGUGACAAGAAGAAGGUCGAGCACAAGGCGGGAGAGAGAAAAACUACGCAGCCCGCUGCUCCGGCUUCAGACUAUGGCUUUUGGGGAGGCGGGCCUAGUCCUUCGUGGAAGAAGCGAGAGGCGGACGACGCUGAGGAACAGGUGCCAACGGAGGACUUUGGCUUCGUGGGUGUUGGACUGAGCCAAGGAAUCAAGCGUGACGAGGCCGAAGGCAUGAUCAAGCUCGUCAAGCGCGGCACAGUAGUCUGAGCAGCAACGUACCUCAUGGUUAACCGCGUCACCAUCACAGCGUCACCGACAUCGUCAGCAUUGUCGCCCUCGUCAGGUUCGCCUUCAGUUCCCCAGUG